UCUGUUAUUACGUGCGAGAAAUCCAAUAGUAUUUUUUAAUUUUAUAAUAUUGUAUAUACUAUAUCGGGCUGAAUAGUUAUUAUUUCUAUAAAAUGUUAAAUUAAAAAUUGUUAAACAUAAACUGAAAAUACUGCCGAAUGUAAUAUUAUAGCAACAUCAAAGAUUUUCGAAUCAUACUUAUAUUUAUAUAGUAAGGUUAAGAAACAAAAGUACAUUUUGAAGAGUAUUUCAAAUAAAUGUUUCAUUUUACACUGUAAAAAUUUGCUUAUUACUGAAAAAUUAUAAUACUUUAUAUAUUAUUGUACCACACUAUUCGUGCUCUAUCUGUGAUCAAAAUUUAUAUUAUCUUUUAUAUAAGACAUAAGAUAAACCAUAAUGAUUAAGUUAUUCAGAAUUUCUAUGUUUCAAAGUACAAGAAAUUUAAUUUGUCAAAGAUUUCCUGAAUACCGCUCAGCACAUACAACUUCAAAAAGUCUUAUACAUUUACAUGAAAGAUCCUUAUUACGUCUUGAAGGAGAAGAAGUGUCAGAUUUUUUACAAGGUUUGAUUACAAACGACAUGAGGCAUUUAAAAGAAGGAGCCACCAGCAUAUAUUCUGUCUUUUUAAACAUCAAAAGCAGAGUUUUAUAUGAUACAAUUAUUUACAAGUCUGAAAGAGAAAAUAUGUUUUAUGUUGAGUGCGAUACUGCAAUUAUAAAUAAUUUAUCCAAACAUCUAAAAAUGUAUAAGUUGCGAAGAAAAGUUGACAUUCAUUCUAUGGAUGAUAAAAUGAAAGUAUGGAUAGUUUAUGAUGAGAAUUCAGCUUCACAAAACAUUGAUGAAUUUAGAGUGAAAUCUAAAUCAAUCGGUAGAAUUUUUCCUUGUGGAAGUAAUGACAGCAAAGCAAGCAAAUUAGUUGAAAACAUCUGUAUAUACACUGAUCCGAGAAUAUCUGAAUUAGGUUUAAGAAUAUUAACAGAAUCUAAUGUUUCCCAUAAUGAAAUUAUUAAACAUCUAAACUUCCCAGACUCAAAUUUCAUACUGUCCAAAAAUAUUUCUGAUUAUCGAGCUUUUCGUUAUAAACUUGGUGUCGCUGAAGGUGUUCAAGAUUUACCACCAGGAGUAACAUUUCCCUUGGAAAUAAAUUGUGAUUAUUUACAUGGUGUUAGUUUCCAUAAGGGCUGUUACAUUGGUCAAGAAUUAACUGCUCGAACACAUCAUACAGGUGUUGUGAGAAAACGUAUAAUGCCACUAAUACUGGAUGGCAAUGAAAAUCAACAGUUUGAUACAGAUGAAAAAAUUAUAAAUGAAAAUGAGAAAAUAGUUGGGAAAAUUAGGAAUCAAGAAGGAAAAUUUGUGAUAGGAUUAAUACGAAUUAUAGAAGCCUUAGCUUCAAAGAAAUUAACAGUUAAAAACUGUACCCUAAAACUUGUCAAGCCUCAAUGGUGGCCAAUGGAAUCCCAAAAAGUAGAAGCUACAUUAAAAUCUGACAAAAAAUGGAAUCCAUUAUUAGCGAAUCAAAAGAACCAACUGAAGAAUCAUCUUUAGAUAUUCAAGAUGUACCAGUAGCUGGAAAUGAAAAGAAUUCUAUUAAAAAAGUUAGAAGUUUAUGGAAAUGUUUUAUUUGUAAUUUACAAGAGCGCUAUGACUACAAAGGAAAUAAUCCCCCAUUUUCAAAACAUUUGAAAUUUCUUGAA